AUGAAUGAAUCCAGCAGAGAAAACAUCAACUCCGUUAGCUACUUCAUCCUCAUGGGCUUUCCCUCGAGCCCAGAAAUGCAGUUCCUCUUCUUUGGACUCUUCUCAGUAGCUUAUAUUCUAACCCUGACGGGGAAUACAGCCAUUGCCUGUGCUGUGCGAUGCGACCACCGCCUUCACACUCCCAUGUACAUCUUCUUAGGAAAUUUCUCUCUCCUGGAAAUAUGCUACAUCACCACAACUGUCCCUAACAUGUUGGUCAACUUCCUCUCCACAAGUAAGGUUAUCUCCUUUGUGAGCUGCUUUGCGCAGUUCUACUUCUUCUUCUCUUUAGGGUGUGAUGAGGGCUUGUACCUUUGCAUCAUGGCCUCUGACAGAUACCUUGCCAUCUGCCGCCCUCUGCACUACCCACGCAUCAUGACCAGGCGGCUGUGCACUGGCCUCGUCAUCUUUGGAUGGUCUUCUGGUUUUAUCCUCUUCGUAACUCCAGUUGUUCUUAUUUCACAGUUGCCCUAUUGUGGCCCAAAUAUCAUCAACCAUUUUAUAUGUGAUCCUGUCCCAUUGAUGAUGCUGUCCUGUUCUAAAGACACCACCACCCAGUUCACUUACUCGACUUUCAAUGUAGUCUUCAUGAUCGGCACUUUUCUCUUUAUCCUGUGCUCCUACGCUCUAGUGAUUCUGGCUGUGCUAAGAAUGCCCUCCGCAGCAAGCAAGCGCAAGGCUUUCUCCACCUGCGCCUCUCAUCUGGCUGUGGUGUUCCUGUUUUAUGGCUCUAUUAUGGUCAUGUAUGUGAGCCCUGGAUCCAGACAGCCAGUAGAAGUGCAAAAAAUUGUGACCCUGUUUUAUUCUGUAAUAACACCUCUCUGCAAUCCUCUAAUUUAUAGCCUGAGAAACAAGGAGAUGAAGGCUGCCCUAAGGAAAACUUUUGGAACUGAAACUGCUCAUAAAAUGUAA